UAGGCUGCCACUCGUCAGGAUAUGACGUACUGGCUUCAGGAACUUCAACAGAAGAGAUGGGAAUAUUGUAACAACCUUGAUGCAGCAAAAAGGGACAGCCGAACUUCCCCUACACCAAGUGACUUUUCCAAAGGUCUUGUUGCCAAAGACAACCCUGAUCUGAGUAUCCUAAGUCAAAAUGCUUCAGCAGAGCGAGCUAGAAAUAUUCUAGCUGUGGAGACUUCUCCUACAGACCUGGUGGGGGAACAAGCUGCUUCCCAACCUGCACCAGUCCAGCCAAGUGCCAUCAAUUUCUCACUUAAACAAUGGAGUACCGAAAUCAAAAAUUCAAUGUCCUCUUUAAGAAAAGGAAAUAACGAAAACCGCAAGAGCAUAUUUUAUACCACUGAAGAGUGGGAAUUGCUGGAUCCAACCCCAAAAGACUUGGAGGACUCGAUGGCCCUGGAAGAAAAGAGGAAACACCUGGCAGAAGGAAGUAAAGGACUGACUAGUUCAGCUUUUCCAUUCGAUUUUGGCCGCAUUCCACACAAAACAAGACGCCCGUUAAAAGACAUGAUUGGAUCAAGUAAAAACCGGAACAGCAGUGACUCUUCUCCAACUGAGUGGUAUUCUGGUAACGGCAACAAACUAGUCUCUGAACUGCAACUGAAGUAUCAAAGCCAGCAAGAAGAGUUGGAAAAGCUAAAGAAAGAUCUUUUGAGCCAAAAGGAACUUGUGCGACUUCUGCAGCAAACAGUCCGAUCUUCCCAAUACGAUAAAUAUUUUGCAAGCCGUCUUUGUGAGGGGGUUCCCAAAGACAAAUUAGAGCUGUUGCACCAAAAAGAUGACCAGAUUUUGGGUCUCAACAACCAGCUUGAAAAGUUAAAUCUGGAAAAAGAUAGUCUUAAUCUGAAAUGUAAAGUUGGAGAACUCAAUGAGCAGCUGGGUAUGUUGAUGGAAACUAUUCAAGCUAAAGAUGAAGUGAUCAUGAAACUCUCUCGUCAACUCAGCGAAUGUGAGGACAAUACAUCCUCUCAAAGUGGAGCAGUAAAUUCUUCCGUGGCCUCCUGUACUAAUAAGGAACUACAGGAACUGGACAGACUAAAAGACAAUCUUCAGGGUUAUAAGACCCAGAAUAAAUUUUUAAAUAAGGAGAUUUUGGAACUUUCUGUUCUACGAAGAAAUGCAGAAGCAAGAGAGAGAGAAUGGCAGGCAAAGUAUACUAGCUUGGAAGCCAAACUCUGUCAGAUAGAAAGUAAGUACUUGAUCUUGCUUCAAGAAAUGAAAACUCCUGUUUGUUCUGAGGAGCAGAGUCCUGCUCGUGAGGUCAUCACACAGUUACUGGAAGAUGCCUUGAAAGCAGAAACUAGUGAACAACCAGAACAAGCGUUUUUCAAACCACACCUGGUCAGUGAAUAUGAUAUAUAUGGCUUUCAGACAGUCCCAGAGGAUGAUGAGGAGGAGAAACUAGUAGCAAAAUCACGAGCUUUGGACCUGAAAUCGCUUUCUCUCAGUGAAAAUCGAGAGAUCUCCACAGGGGUAAAAUGGGAAAACUAUCUUGCAAGCACAAUGAAUAGAGAGAUGAUGCGCUGUCUAGAACUAAAGAAUCUUAUUCGAUCUGGAAUUCCACAUGAACAUCGUUCCAAGAUGUGGAAAUGGUGUGUCAAUCUCCAUGUUAAAAAAUUCAAGGACAGCACUGUUCCUGGGUACUUCCAAACCUUGCUUCAAAAUGCUCUGGAAAAACAAAAUCCUGCAUCCAAACAAAUUGAAUUGGAUCUCUUGAGAACUUUGCCAAACAACAAACAUUAUUCUUCCCCAACAUCCGAAGGAAUCCAGAAGCUGCGAAAUGUGCUGCUGGCAUUUUCAUGGAGAAAUCCUGAUAUAGGGUAUUGCCAAGGACUCAACAGAUUGGUAGCAAUUGCACUUCUGUACUUGGAACAGGAAGAUGCUUUUUGGUGUCUAGUAACAAUAGUGGAAGUUUUCAUGCCUCGUGAUUAUUAUACUAAGACACUGCUAGGAUCUCAGGUUGAUCAGCGAGUAUUCAAGGAUUUGAUGAGUGAGAAGCUUCCACGACUGCAUGCUCAUUUUGAACAAUACAAAGUUGACUAUACUCUUAUAACUUUCAACUGGUUUCUUGUGGUAUUUGUGGACAGUGUGGUUAGCGACAUCCUUUUUAAAAUCUGGGACUCCUUCCUGUAUGAGGGACCAAAGGUAAUAUUCCGAUUUGCCCUGGCACUUUUUAAAUACAAAGAAGAGGAGAUCUUAAAACUGCAAGAUUCAAUGUCCAUUUUCAAGUACCUUCGAUAUUUCACACGCACUAUACUUGAUGCUAGGAAGCUGACUGGUAUUGCUUUUGGAGACCUGAAUCCUUUUCCAUUACGUCAGAUCAGGAACCGGAGGACCUACCACCUGGAGAAAGUGCGUCUUGAACUGACUGAACUAGAAGCCAUUCGUGAGGAUUUCCUGCGUGAACGAGAGACGUGUGUAGAAAAAAGAGACCUUAUUAGUGAUGAUGAGGAGGAUAGUUGAAACUACUCAACAUAAACUUUUCUUUGGGAU